UCAUGGACUUUGUGGCCUUCUGAUUAUUUUAUGAGAUGUAAUGUGCAAGACUUUAAAUAUCAUUCUUUAAAAACGUGUUUAUUUAUGAAUAUGUAACUAUGGCUGUUUCCCGGAAUGUGCCAGACAACAUAAAUACAGCUAUGUAUGCUGAAGAUACGCAUGGACAUAGAAGCCCGCUGAUAAACAAUGAUGAUCCUGGGAGCUCACUCAUGAAUGCAGAUGACCCGAGGACCCCACUUAUGAGUGUAGAUGAUGCGAGGACCUUACACACGAAUGAAGAUGAUUCAUGGACACCACUCAUGAAUGUAGAUGACCCAAGAAACCCACUCAUGAAUGACGCUAAACUUCCAUUAAUAAAUCCAAGGGAAAACACACCAAAAUAUAAUGAAGAAUUAAAAGCUCAGAUUAACGAGAUAAUACGCCAGUCUGAAGAGAUGGAUCGUCUGCUAAACAGAAAUGGUGGUCUUGAUGAAGCGGCCGUAAUAAAGAAACGUUUUGCGGAAGCUAAGCACAAACGAAAACCCUGUUGGAAGCUUCUACUUUGUUCCUCAUGUUGUCACCGUUGAUCGAGUGGUGUAAGCAUUUGAAGAAUCAAGGGACGUUUCAGAAGCCAGCUUUUGCUUCCAGUCAAUUAUAGUUUCAUUAAGACAUGAUUUAAAAAUCUAUAAUUAAAUCAUCUGACUCCAGGAAAUAGUUUAAAAGGAGUCAUUGUAUUGUAUUGAUAAUCAUCUGUGUUUCAGAGUUAGCUCUUUAGCUGGUUUUCCCUUAUUUAUUGUAUGUUUGACAUAUCAGUUAUUGUAUGUUUGACAUAUCAGUUAUGUUGUAACGUGUACAUUUCAAUCGCAAUAUGAUAAAAUGUCAUACAUAUUUAUUGCUCAAUGUCAAGUCGUUCCCAUGCGCGUUUUGCACAGUGAAAAUCACAAAUGAGCCGCGCCAUGAGAAAACCAACAUAGUCGCUUUGCGACCAGCAUGGAUCCAGACCAGCCUGCGCAUCC